CUGACUUUCCGCUGAUUUCCUUUUUAUUGUUGUUACUAGUUAUUACUUAUUUACUAUUAUACUUAUGAUGGUGAUGAUGAUGAUGAUGAUGAUGAUGAUUUUUAACCGGAUUAAAAUCGAGUUUUUCUGAAUGUUCAUAAGAAUUUCUUCAGCCUCCUGAUUGACUUUGGAGUUUUGCAUCUUGGGAGAGAAAGUGAAGGCAUUAGUAUUUUUAAGUGGAUUGAUCACAUAAACCUUUUCUCUCCCAACCCCACCCUUGCCCUCAACCCCUUCCCUACACUGGAAGUAAUUUUACUGGCUGUUAAGUCUGUGAUCUUAUUUUUCCUUACCUUUAACUUAACUGUUUUAGAGCAUCUCUGGACGUCUGUAUUUUUCAUUUUUUAUUUUUGUUUUUUUAUUUUUAAUCUUUCAUUUGUUAAAUUUUUAAACUUGUGCUGCAAUAAAAUGUGUGUGGUACUACUUAACACCUAAAGAAGGUGAUGGCGUUUUCCCAGAAAGCCAUCUUCCUCCUGUUUCCCUUGAAAUCCCAUCCUGCUUUUCCUGUACACUACCCUUCACAAACCACAAGCCGCAGCAACAUGGAUGCCCAGCCUGGGAGCAGCAUCAGCCAGGAUGACCUGGAGCCAGGGGGGCCUUCGGAACAGAUGCACACCCUUCCUGGGUGAUGGUAAGAGUUUUUCAGCUCUGUGAGGAGCCAGACUAUCAAACACAAUGGCUAGCAAUGUUACCAACAAGACAGAUCCUCGUUCCAUGAAUUCCCGUGUAUUCAUUGGGAAUCUCAAUACACUUGUGGUCAAGAAAUCUGAUGUGGAAGCAAUCUUCUCGAAGUAUGGCAAAAUUGUGGGCUGCUCAGUUCAUAAGGGCUUUGCCUUUGUGCAGUAUGUUAAUGAGAGAAAUGCUCGGGCUGCUGUCGCAGGAGAGGAUGGCAGAAUGAUUGCUGGCCAGGUUUUAGAUAUUAAUCUGGCUGCAGAGCCAAAAGUGAAUCGAGGAAAAGCAGGUGUGAAACGAUCUGCAGCGGAGAUGUACGGGUCAGUACCAGAACACCCUUCUCCGUCCCCUCUACUCAGCUCCUCGUUUGACUUGGACUAUGACUUUCAACGAGAUUAUUAUGACAGGAUGUACAGUUACCCAGCACGUGUGCCUCCGCCGCCUCCUAUUGCUCGGGCUGUAGUGCCCUCUAAACGUCAGCGCGUGUCAGGAAACACCUCACGCAGGGGCAAAAGUGGCUUCAAUUCUAAGAGUGGACAGCGAGGAUCUUCUUCCAAGUCUGGAAAGUUGAAAGGAGAUGACCUUCAAGCCAUUAAGAAGGAACUUACUCAAAUUAAACAAAAAGUGGAUUCUUUACUGGACAGCCUGGAAAAAAUUGAAAAGGAACAGAGCAAACAAGCAGACCUGUCCUUAUCAUCGACAGUAGAGGUGAAGAAUGAUAAGUCAGAAGAAGAACAGAGCAGCAGCUCCCUGAAGAAAGAUGAGACUAAUGUCAAGAUGGAGUCUGAGGGGGGUGCAGAUGAUUCUGCUGAGGAGGGGGACCUACUGGAUGAUGAUGAUAAUGAAGAUCGGGGGGAAGACCAGCUGGAGUUGAUCAAGGAUGAUGAAAAAGAGGCUGAGGAAGGAGAGGAUGACAGAGACAGCGCCAAUGGCGAGGAUGACUCUUAAGCACAUAGUGGGGCUUAGGGAUCUUAUCCCAUUGUUUCUUUACCUAGGCGCAUGUCUUAAGAUCAAAAUUUCACCAGAUCCUCUCCCCUAGUAUCUUCAGCACAUGCUCACUAUUCUCCCUAUCCUCAUCUUUCCCAUGUUCAUUAAUUCAUAUUGCCCUGCGCCUAGUUCCAUUUUUUUGCUUCCUUUGAUGCUCCUGGUAGUUUUGUUAAGUCUUACCCUGUAAUUUUUGCUUUUAAUUUUGAUACCUCUUUAUGACUUAACAAUAAAAAGGAUGUAUGGUUUUUA